AUGGCAAGCCGCCAAGUCUCGACCUGGCUCGAUACAAUACUAUCAGACUGUGAUAACCAGCCCAAAUCUGUAUCAGGAAUUCCAAGCCCCAGUCAUAAGCGACGUCGACUCCAGCCUCCGACACCAGAAUCGUCUGCAAGACAGGCAAACGACAACGUAGCACCACAGGCCUCUCACAGCAACGAGCGCGAACGGACGCCACGAGACGAGCCAAGGUCCUCGCCUCGUCUUUCACAACCACUAGACGACGCAUCGAGUGGAUCGGGGGAGACCUGCUCGUUGGGGAUUUUCGGACAGGUGCAUGAUUGGUAUGGGGUGAAGGAUCGUGAACUCAGUGAGUUCAACCCAUUACCGCCAUCUCUACAACUCCUGCUCGAGUAAAUCAAACG